UACGUCUGGGCGAGUGGUCUUCACGCGCCUACAUGGACUGACCCGACCCGUGAUUGUUUCCGCGGCUGGGCUCCUUUGCUUCGUCUCGCGGGUCCGAGCUGCGUCUCCGUUUGCUUGGAGUGGUGGUGGUACGAGAUCAUGAUCGUUCUCUGCGGUUUGCUCGUGAAUCCAAGAUCGACGGUGGCUGCUAUGGGCGUUUUGAUCCAGACGACAUCGUUUCUUUACGUUUUCCCGUCUUCUCUCAGCUUCGCUGUGUCCACUAGGGUAGGUAACGAGCUUGGAGCGAACCGUCCCAAGACGGCGAAGCUAUCGGCCAUGGUGUCUAUCGUUUUCGCGGCUGUUACGGGGAUCACUGCUGCGGCGUUUGCUUACUCCGUUAGAAAUGCUUGGGGGAGGAUAUUCACCGGAGACGAAGAGAUUCUCCGGCUAACAGCGGCGGCGUUACCGAUAUUGGGUUUAUGCGAGAUCGGAAACUGUCCACAGACGGUGGGAUGCGGCGUAGUGAGAGGAACAGCACGGCCGUCAACGGCGGCGAACGUGAACCUCGGAGCGUUUUAUCUGGUGGGCAUGCCGGUGGCUGUUGGUCUCGGGUUUUGGGCCGGAAUUGGGUUUAAUGGGCUUUGGUUA